UUCCUGGGUGUGGACUGCCUUGUAUAAUUAACUGCACAGCUGGAGCUUCUGAUCCCUCCACGUCUGCUCCUUCCUUUCCUCCUUUCUUCCCCCCUGCAUCCACCUGGGCGCGAUCCGGGCGCGCUGCUCCUCCUCGGGAGCUGGGGCUGUGUCACUGGGGCAGGAAGGUUCCCCGCGCUCGGCAUUCCGGAGCCGUUCCCGGCUGAGAGCAGCACCAGGCAGAGCCUGCCUGCCUUGGAGGGGGCUGAGAGCAGAGAGCCAGCAGAGAAAGCCCUGACCCUGUGUAGGCCAUGGAAACGGGGAGCGCGGCCAGGACGAACGGCACGGCCAGCAAGCCCGAGGACGUGAAGAGCCCAAGUGCCCCCAAAAAAGAAGAGGAAGCCAAGAAGGCCACGAGCCCUGGCGGAGGCGAGAAAGAAGCUAUAAAAGGCACGGGCGGUGCUGCGUUGGAGACAGGGCAGAUCAAGAGCUCCCUCUUCUCUGGGAGUGACUGGAAGAGGCCCAUCAUUCAGUUUGUGGAGUCAUCCGACGAGAAGAGGUCAACCUACUUCAGCAUGGACUCGGCUGACUCCAAGAAGAUGCAGUUCGCCAGCGGCCAGAUCGGAGACAUGAGGAGACCGGCCCUGAACUUCCCGGAGAAGGGCGACCUCAGGAAGUCCCUCUUCUCCCUGGAUUCCAAAAAGAGCUUCCUGCCCGCUGAUGGGGAAGGGAGGAAGUCCCUGUUCUCUGCGGGGCAGAUGGGGGACCUGAAGAAAUCCUCCCUGCCUCUGGUGGAGACGGGGGACCUGAGAAGACCCUUCAACAAGGCCGACCGAGCCGCGGGCCCGCGGCCCCGCGUGAAGCUGGAGGACGUUCUCUGCGACUCCUGCAUCGACAACAAGCAGAAGGCUGUGAAGUCCUGCCUGGUGUGCCAGGCCUCCUUCUGCGAGCUGCACCUGAAGCCCCACCUGGAGGGAGCAGCGUUCCGGGACCACCAGCUGCUGGACCCCAUCAGGGACUUCGAAGCCAGAAAAUGCCCCGUGCAUGGCAAGACCAUGGAGCUGUUCUGCCAGACAGACCAGAUGUGCAUCUGCUACCUCUGCAUGUUCCAGGAGCACAAGAACCACAGCACGGUGACAGUGGAGAUUGAGAAGGCUGGCAAAGAGACCGAGCUGUCUCUGCAGAAGGAGCAGCUGCAGCUGAAGAUCAUCGAGGUGGAAGAUGAGGUGGACAAGUGGCAGAAGGAGAGGGACCGCAUCAAGAAUUACACCACCAACGAGAAAGCCACGGUGGACCAGCACUUCAAGGAGCUGAUCCGUGACCUGGAGAGGCAGAGGGAUGAGGUGAAGGCUGCCCUGGAUCAGAGGGAAAAGAUUGCCUCAGAGAACGUGAAGGAGAUCGUGGAUGAGCUGGAGGAGAGGGCGAAGCUGCUGCGGGAGGACAAGGAGAACAGGGAGCAGAUCCACCAGAUCAGCGACUCCGUGCUCUUCCUGCAGGAAUUUGGGGCUCUGAUGAGGAAUUACGUGCCCCCUCCAUCCCUCCCCACCUACAGCGUGCUGCUGGAAGGGGAGAGCAUGAGCCCAUCCAUGGGGCUGCUCAGGGAUGAUCUCCUCAACGUCUGCAUGAGGCACGUGGAGAAGAUCUGCAAGGCAGACCUGGGCCGCAACUUCAUCGAGAGGAACCACAUGGAGAACGGGGACCACCGGUUCAUGAUGAACAACUACGAGUGGAACCAGCCUGACAACCUGAAGAGAUUCUCCAUGUUCCUGUCUCCCAAAGCCAAUUUCAACCCACGGUCAUGGGAAUUUUCCUCCUUCCAAGCGACCGAGGAAACACUUGGUACGGUAGGCAAUGGCACUAAGCUGCCUUUUCAGUUCUCCUCGGUGGGACAGAAUCCGCCCGGUGACUUCAGCAAACAGUCUGAUGGGAGCCUCUUCACUAAGACCGCCUACCCUUCCAUAGUGAGGCACCAGUCUGCAAAGGUGACGCCACAGACGUGGAAAUCCUCCUCCAAGCAGUCUGUCUUGUCCCAUUAUCGCCCCUUCUACGUCAACAAAGGCAACGGAGCCACCUCCAACGAGGCGCCCUGAGCUGCUGCGGCUGAGAGGAGAGCUCAGCUGAGGAUUGUCACCCAUGUCCCCGCUCCUCCCGACCCUCCCGCUCCCCCAGGGCAGGGCAGGGGUGGCCCUGCCUCAGCACGCCAGGACUUCUCCCUCCUCGUCCCCUCCUCGUCCCCUUCUUGUCCCCUCCAGCUGCUCUGCCCCUCUGGGAAUUGCGGAUGCUUGGGUGGCACCCCCUGCUAGGCAGCUGUCCCCGUGUCCCCAGAGCUGGAAUUGUGUCACCCCUGCUGGGCAGCUGUCCCCUUGUCCCCAGAGCUGGAAUUGUCUCACCCCCUCUGCUGGGCAGCUGUCCCCUUGUCCCCAGAGCUGGGAAUUGUGUCACCCCUGCGGGGCAGCUGUCCCCUUGUCCCCAGAGCUGAAAUUGUCUCACCCCCUCUGCUGGGCAGCUGUCCCCGUGUCCCCAGAGCUGGAAUUGUGUCACCCCUGCUGGGCAGCUGUCCCUGUGUCCCCAGAGCUGUCAAACCCUGCUGGACACCCCAAAGCUCUUCCCAGGCUCCAGAUUUCCUCUCCACCCUGGUGUCACAUCCCCUGGUGGCAUCAGCGUCUUCCAUCACCUCAUUUCUGCUCCUCACCUCCCAAAAAACCCCAGCAGGAUUUUCCCAGAGCUGGAAUUGUGUCACCCCUGCUGGGCAGCUGUCCCCGUGUCCCCAGAGCUGGAAUUGUGUCACCCCUGCUGGGCAGCUGUCCCCUUGUCCCCAGAGCUGGAAUUGUGUCACCCCUGCUGGGCAGCUGUCCCCGUGUCCCCAGAGCUGUCAAACCCUGCUGAACACCCCAAAGCUGGAUGCCCCAGCUCUUCCCACCCAGCUCCUGCUUGUGUCACAUCCCCUGGUGGCACCACAUGUCCCCAGGGUCCUCCACCAGUUCAGCUCUGAGCCCAAAACCUCACCUGCCCAAAAAACCUCAGCAGGAUUUUCCCAGAGCUGGGAAUUUUGUCACCCCUGCUGGGCAGCUGUCCCCGUGUCCCCAGAGCUGUCAAACCCUGCUGGACACCCCAAAGCUCUUCCCAGGCUCCAGAUUUCCUCUCCACCCUCGUGUCACAUACCCUGGUGGCAUCAGGGUCUUCCAUCAGCUCAGCUCUGCUCUUCACCUCCCAAAAACCUCAGCAGGAUUUUCCCAGAGCUGGGAAUUGUGUCACCCCUGCUGGGCAGCUGUCCCCUUGUCCCCAGACCUCUUAAACCCUGCUGGACACCCCAAAGCUCUUCCCAGGUUCCAAAUUUUCCUCUCCACCCUGGUGUCACAUCCCCUGGUGGCAUCAGGGUCCUCCAUCAGCUCAGCCCUGCCCCUCACCUCCCAAAAACCUCAGCAGGAUUUUUCUAGAGCUGGAAUUGUCUCACCCCCUCUGCUGGGCAGCUGUCCCCUUGUCCCCAGAGCUGGGAAUUGUGUCACCCCUGCUGGGCAGCUGUCCCCGUGUCCCCAGAGCUGGAAUUGUCUCACCCCUGCUGGGCAGCUGUCCCUGUGUCCCCAGAGCUGUCAAACCUCACUGGAUGCCCCAGAGCUCUUCCCAGGCUCCAGAUUCCCUCUCCACCCUGGGGACACCCAGCUCCUGCUUGUGUCACAUCCCCUGGUGGCACCUCAUGUCCCCAGGGUCCUCCAAGCCCAGCCCUGCUCCUCAGCUGCCCAAAAUCCCCAGCAGGGUUUCCCGAGCUGCUGGAGGAGCACAGGGAGGUUCUCCAGCCCCUCCAGGUGCCCCUCCAGGCACCUCUGGGAAUUAGGAAAUAAAAAGCAAAUCCAUCCUAGUAAUACAAGAUUGAUUAGAUGCCAUAGGUGCUGGGUGCUUUUCUAGUUUGUGGUGGUUUUUCUUAAUUCCCUUAAACCAAAAUUGAUUUAUAUCCUGUAGUUCAUGUAUUUUAUAUAUUUUUUUUUCCCUGCAGUGGGCAAUGAGAAUUACUGCCACAGCUUUUUUGGCUCAGGAUAAUAUUUUUGUAAGUGUCCCCUGGACAGAUGAAUCACAUCCAGGGCCAUUCCAGGAUCUCCCUGAGGUGAUUUUCCCUCUCCAUGGACAAGCUGAGGGGUUCAGUCCAUGCUGUGCAGGGGAGAAAUGGGAAUGAGAGCCCUCGAAUGCUGAAAACCAAAACCUGCCAGCUCCUUUUCAUGGUUUGCUCUCUUCAGGCAGCUUUGGAAUGGCUUCCCCCCACUUUUUCCUGCUUGCAGCCCCUUGCUGAGGGAGGUCCCAGCUGAAAAUUCCUUCCUGGCUCAUCCCUUUGCAAAGACAUCCUGGCUUUUUAACCCAAAACUCCUGGGGCUGAAUGUUGGUCGCUCCAGAGCACUUGAAAUGUCACUUUAUGAUGAUUUUUAAAUCUUUUUUUUUCCCCCAUAAAGACCAGAGGGGGAAGGGGCUGGCGUGGCAGGGCAGGAUGUGACAGAAGGGAUGUGGAAAAAUAGAUGGAAUUGCUGGGAAAAGCACUGAGGGCUCUGAGGAUGUGUGUGAGAGGACAGAAUCAGCCCCCUCCAGGUCUCACUGUUUUUCCUUUUCCUCCUCCUCCUCCUCAGCUUGGAUGUUAACCCCCCCAGCCCUGAGCAAGGCUGUGUGGGGCCAGCUGGACCCUGCCCGAGGCCACCACUGUCCCCUCGGUGCCCCCACAGCCUCUCUGCUCCCCCUGCCCUCCCCAGGGGCCUCCCAGCCCGAAUUCCCCAAGGAAUGGAGCUGCUCCCUGCUUGCCCCAGCCCUGGAGACACCAGGACCCCUCUGGGGUCCCCCUUUUCCCCCAGGAUGGGGCUCAGGGAGUUCUGGAAACCCCCCCCUGUGCUUCCCUGGGGGUUUCCAGCCAGGCUCUGGGGUGGGCAGGAACUGUUUGGAUGCAGUCUUGGUCAGCAAAGCCCCGGGGAUGAUGAUGAUGGUGGUGAUGAUGAUGAUGGUGGUGAUGAUGAUGAUGGUGAUGAUUCCUCCUCAGACAGGACAGGGCUCUGCUGGUGAUGUAAACGAGGCCCCUCCCGUGUGCACCACGCUGCAGAAAUAAAGGAGAAAGCUCCAUGUCUGACCAAA